AUGGGCUUAAAAGGAUUGUACUGGUGGCUCAGAAGGAAAAAAGGAUACAAUCCUACCCUUCGUCACCCCAAGCGCUACCCCCUGCCUGACGACGCCAUGGUGCGCGUUGAUGUUCUCUCGUUUUACAGCAAGAUUCUAUGGGCGUACAUCAAAUAUGCACACGACAAGUCAAAAGCACAUGCCAUUUUGUUUGCACACAUCAAGAAGUACGGCGACCCCUUACGCAUGGUGUUCUACGUGGACGGCCUCCCUGCUCUCGAGAAGAAAGAAGCUCACCAUGAGCGGAACGCGAAACGUGUCAAGGCUCUCAUGGCCGCCGAGGUCGCCACCAACACACUUAGCGAACAUGAGUUCAAGGUCCUCGAGUACAACAAGGUGUCGGUGUUGGCCCAGAUAGGUCUGUCGACCACCAAAUUCACUGCUCUGGCAAGCGUCUCCUCCAAUGACUAUAACAAGAACAUUCCAUCCCUGGGUAUCGCCACUAACUACAAGAUUAUCAAGGAUCUACCAGAUGGAGACGUGCCAUCACUGGUGCAAGAAUACCUCAGAAGUCCACAUGUGGUCGGCCGCAACCAAGACGAGAUCGAUUUUACAGCUUCUAUUCUCGUGUUUACCACGAUGACUCAGGAGAUUGCUGUUCCAGCAGGCGUAAUCUCUGAUCCAUCGUCGACUGCACAGUCAGUAACACCGCUCACGACCUCCUCUGCGCCCUCCAUGUCGUACAAUGUCCUCCUUCAGCAAUACCAUUCAAUCAAAGAGCAGCAUGAAUUGGCCAAGGCACAGAAGCGCAUGAUCACGAGCAGCAAGAGUGACACCAAACCCGAACGGGAGGGCAAGCACAAAGAGUUUCGACGACACCAUGUGAUCGACCGGCCAGCUCACCAGCCUGGAUUCUCGCGACAGGUGCAUCGGCCACGAUACUCGCCCAAGGCACGGUCAAAACCGCAGCAGCAUGAGCCGCCAUAUAUAUGCAGGCAGUACCAGUUGAAGCCGUACACGGCGAAACAAGAAGCGCGUUACCAGCAGUCGAUAGCCGAAAACGAGAAGAAGCAGGCCGAGAAGAUGCGGCAGCGUGACGAGCGACGACUCAAAAAGGAAAUGGAGCUACUCAAGAAGCCACCGCGCAAGAUUGAGGAGAUGGACAAGCAGCAGCUGAUCAAUGCUAUGGUGUGGGAGCAUCCCCUUGUCUCCCUUCCCGUCGGCACGAUCAGAGCCAACAGCAACCGGGCAGCGGCAGGAACCACCACUGACGACAACCAACUCCCCUCGUCAAAGCAGCAACAGCAACAGCAACAAUCCGAUGUCUCCGCCUGCAUACUGGACAUUGUCGAGCAAGCUCGCACCAUCUUUGAGCGUGGUCAGACCGAGGAGGACCGAACCAUCCUGAACACGCUAUGUCCCACUGUCAAGUCCAAAAUUCGCCUAUCGCCUAAGCCCCACCAGGAUUCGCAGGAAAGCAGCAGCAGUUCCGCUGGCACAACCGCCGAGGAUGCAGGUGAGGAGGACCUAGAGGAUGAUGUCGACGAAGAUGCUGAGCCGUCGGCAAUGGACAAGCCGUUUAUUGCUUUCUACCAGAUUUUGCUGGCACAUAUCUGCUCUCCCAAGACCAAGUUCAAGACGGUUAUCGAGCGCCAAGUCGGACAGCUGCUUGCACGUGCCGCCUCCUUGGGCAUCGCCUUGCCCCCUGCUCCUCGACGCAUGGUGUCUUACUCAACAAGCGCGCUUCUCGAAUCGACCACCAAGCAAUUCUACCGUUCUAUCAACUCACAACCACCAUGCCAACCUGGCACAACACUCCCCAAGAUCAACUCCAACCUGCCUGCCAUCGAGAAUUAUCUUCGUCUAAACAAAUCCAGCGGUAGAUUGAGACGCAUAGCGCCCCUCUCACCAUUGGCAGCUCGCUAUAUUGGCUUCUCUGAACGGCAGCUGCUGCCGCUGUUCUGGGCCUGGCCGGUCCUCAAGGACAAGAUCCGCAGUAUGAUAAUCAAGGAUCGUUUCUUUCAGGAUCCAACCAUCAAUCCCUCGCAAGCUGACGCUCUGAACUGGCUGACCAGCACGACCCCUGGUCGCUUCGUGACUACUUUCCUGUCGGAUGUUGGCCUUCCGCCAAACAAGCACGACAAAGGCUUCCGCAAAACGACAACAAUCAUGGAUAUGGACGGCAAGGACGGGAAAGAAGGACUUCGGGAGCACCUCGGAUGUCUACGGGCCGAGAAGUUUGAUCCCAAGGAAUGGCAUGGCAAGGGCUAUGUUCUCAAAGGCUCGAUCCAUACUAACGGCCGUUUGCUGCAGCUGCUGGCCUUUAAACUGAAAGAGAUUCAGUCCGUCAGAUACCGUCGUUUUCCCGAGAACAAGUUGCCCAACGCGCUCGUCACCACCAUCGGCGGCACCAACGGAUAUCUGACAGAGGUCCGCAAUGUCUUCUCUACUGCCACAGAUGUGGAGAACCUGUCGGGUGCUGACCCUAGUCAAGUUGGAGUUCUGUCGCUCGACUUGGGUACCUCCUGCCUAAUCGGCGCCACCAUCUCACUCCCACCCGGUCAGACCCCUGCAACAUUAGCGCAACCCCACGGCAAGGAACGAGACAAGAAGCUGAAGAAGAAGAAAAGACACGACGAGGCAAGCGGAAGCCCGGCGCACAAGCUGAAGGAACCUCAGACGACUCGGUACUUUGAUCUGGUGGUCAAGCGCAAGGCUGUGUCGCGACCAUCGGACAGCUUUGCCGGCUGGCUCGAGGACAGAAAGGAAUUCACCACCGGAUCAUCUACCGGAAGGGCCAUUCAGGACAUUGAGACCGCUCUGCCGCCUCUCAUGAGAGAAGGUGCCUCGUUUCGAGAGUACGUUGCCGCGCGCCGAGCAUCAGAGGAAGAUUUGGACAACUUCUACAAUCAAACCAACUUCUGGAAACACAAGUGGGACUCCGAGGUGUGUCGGCAAGAGGAAUUCUGCAAGGUUGCUGAGGGCCUGCUCAAAAUGAUCGGCGGAUCUGUUGGGCGGCCAAGGAUGCCACAUCGACGAGUUGUGAUCGCAAUUGGACUGGCCAAGUUUACUGGUGUACAUGGCCCACCUGGACUCAACGGCACCUUUCAAGCGUUUUUCAUCAAUCUGGUAGGGCACAUCUUUGCGACGACUGCUCGUUCGUUGGGCUAUUUGGUCAUCGGGAUCAGUGAGUACUUUUCAUCCAAACGAUGCCCAUACUGCCAUGACUUUGUUUGUGCGACGUCGGACUGGUGGACGCUCUUUUGCAAGAUCUGUAAGCGCUUCUGGCAGCGUGAUGUGAUGGCAUCGAAAAACAUGAACAAUGCCAUCAAGGGCCAUCUGAUCCACCAGCAGCGGCCGCUCUACCUCCAACCUCAGCGUCGAGACGGAACUUACCCAUGGAUGGAUGUUACUACUGGUGGCGACAGUGGUGGUGGUGGUGGCGGAGAGGGAGCAGAUGGACCACCUGAGGCCAUGGACGUCAAUGUGGGCGGCAAUGCUGGAGGAGGAUCAGCAGCAGCCAGCCCGUCGAUGGCGGCGACGACCACUGUGAGUGGCCCAACCAGAAAGAGACGUGCCACUUCGAUCGUCUCAGUCGAGGACCCCAACACUGAUGUCGUUCCCACGGCUGAUACACCAUCCGUCCACACCAAGAACAAGUCAAGGAAAUAA